AUGGUGUAUGUUUACUCCCUCCCUUUGACGCCAGCGGUCAUCCUCAGCUUUGUCAGUUCCCAAGUGGCGUUGUUGAUGCAGGCGUAUAAAGAGCACGAGCUGUAUGUCACCGGUAUGAUUCCGGUAGUUAUUUGGUAUAUGAACGCGCGCUCAUACGUCGAACUGGAAUUGCCACAGCCUCCUUUCAACUUGUUUCCUGCUAAGAAUGUCAGGAUCUACAUCGAGACGGCAAUUGUCGUGGUGAUAUCUUACGUGUCACUACUCAUAGUCAACUGGAGCCACAUCUGGCUCGUCAUCUUCCCUAUCAUCGCCAUCGGCUUUAUCGUUGCGCUGUGCAGUCAGCUCAGUCAUCAGGAUCAGGCCGGUGGAUCAAAGGAGCAGAGCAACGAUGGUGAAGGUGAAGCUACUGCGCCUUCAGGGAAAAGGGCAGAGGGGCUGGAGGUAGUAGCACUGGUGCCGUACUGGGUGCUCUGCGUGAUGGGCCACUUCCACGCUGACAAAUUCGCCGUCUCCCAGUUCCUUCUCUUCUUCAGUUUCAUGCUCGGGGCACUCACCAUGAUGAUGACUCGGCUGGUGGGGCUGGCCACGGUGCAUCGUGGCAUCGCGCCGGCGUCCGAGCUGCUCCAGAAGGCCUCGCUCGUGGUGCUGCUGGUGGCGGUGCACGCGGUGGCCGCGGAGCUGCUGGGAGAGAACGCGCUGCUCUACUGCCUGCCGGAGAUCGUGCCGGUGCUGCUGUGGCUCAGCGUUCGCCUCGACUGCGACGACCGCGCCAUCAUCACUGCCACUGCUGCCGACAGGAUCAAGCAGCUGGACUUGGGCUGGAGAGUGCUCAUUCUGCUCAACGCAGCGCCAGCUGCAGUCUUGUCGGCCAUGCUAGCGGCGGGCAACAUGGAGGAGCCCGUGCUCUACUGGUGCAGCAAGGCACUGAUGUCUUGUGCUGUUUCGGCGCUUCUAACCUUGUACAUUGUUUUCAUGCUGUGCCAGUGGCCAGGAGGACAACGCGAUGGCACGCUAGUCACAGUCACAGCUGCCUCUUUGCAGGAGGCAGUCGAGCUUCUCAAGUAUUGGGCAAACGUUUUGCUGGCAGCGGUGGCUACGCUGCUAGUAUUUACAUCUCUAGCUUCUUUCCAACUAGUUCUACUGCAAGAACCGGCGGCCUCUGCAUCAGCCAACCAAAUUCUGCAACGACUAUGUCAAAAAUUCCUCCAGUUCAUAAUUUAA